AUGGAAGAAUUUGGGCAUGGUGAAUAUAUACCUAUGGACGUGGAUCUUCUGCCACCACUCUACCUUAUCUAUGCUGAAAACCCUAGUGAUUCUGGCAAGGUCCAUAGUACGGUUAGACAACGAUGGUUAAAUGGUGACAAGUUCAUUAUAUCAUCAAUGGAGGAAGUCGCGAGCAUUGCAUUGGAAGGAAGAACAGCAUUGCUCCAAAAGGAUUAUACCAAAUUUGCAGGCCUCAUGAACCGUAACUUUGACUUGCGGAGGCAAAUGUUUGGAGAUGAUGCCCUUGGUGCCCUAAACAUAGAAAUGGUUGAAAUUGCCAGACGUGUUGGUGCCGCUUCAAAAUUUACAGGCAGUGGAGGAGCCGUUGUUGUGUUUUGCCCCCAAGGACCACCUCAAGCCAAGCAAUUGGAGGGCGCAUGUAAAGAAGCUGGUUUUAUGUUUGUACCGGUUGAAGUCGUGCCAUCUUUUAUGAACAAAAUCGACCUUGGAACCAUGUCAACAAGAUGA